AACAUAAUAGUGUGAGAGUCCAGUCCAUAGUGGAUCUAACAUAAUAGUGUGAGUCCAGUCCAUAGUGGAUCCAACAUAAUAGUGAGAGUCCAGUCCAUAGUGGAUCUAACAUAAUAGUGAGAGUCCAGUCCAUAGUGGAUCUAACAUAAUAGUGAGAGAGUGCAUCUUCCGUGGUCAACCUGAUAACCUCAGAAAAGAGAGACAGCAGAUCAACUGGUCAAACAAAUGUGAUGAGAGCCAGAUACUAAACUGAUGGGGGAUGAUAAAUUGCAAAAUAAUGUUUUUGCAGAGCCCUAUAGAAAUUGCUGCGUACAUCCCCUUUUUAUCACCGUAAAAAAUGGAAGAUGAAAACAAAGUUGGCCGACUUCCUGUUCAUUUCCAGGUUCCUGAGACUUUAACGUGCGUCCCGUCAUGAUAGACGUCUCCUGACAUUUUUGUCUCGACAUGUGAAACUGGGGGGCGGGGUGUGAGUCAUGAAAGAGUCCGUGUGUGUGCGCCUCUCUCCCGGCCAGUAGACCCAGCCCUCCCCCGCCUGUACAGCUGGCAGUCUGAGCGCAGGACCUCCGUGGACUCUUCCCGUCUAACUGCACUCCGUUUGCCGCAGCAGCGAUCCCUCUCCACCGUGGACGUGGACGUCCUUUCCACGGCGCGACAUCGUGCGGAAAGAAGGUGAAAUAAUGUUGGCUUCCAAGCACUUCCUGCUGAUCCUCGCCCUGUGUUCGCCGCGCUGCUCGCCGCAGUCCACGCCGCCCGCCGCCGCCACCCCCGGCCCCUCGCCGCCGCCGGCGGAGCGGUUGAAGGUGCGGCUGGCCGGCUACCCGCGCAAACACAACGAGGGCCGCGUGGAGCUCUUCCACGCGGGCGAGUGGGGCAGCAUCUGCGACGACGACUUCUCCCUCGCCAACGCCAACGUGCUGUGCCGCCAGCUGGGCUUCGUCGCCGCCACCGCGUGGACGCACAGCGCCAAGUACGGCAAGGGGCAAGGUAAAGUCUGGCUGGACAACGUGAUGUGCGGCGGGGGCGAGAAGAGCAUCGCCCUGUGCAAGUCUCGCGGCUGGGGCAACAGCGACUGCACCCACGACGAGGACGCCGGGGUGGUGUGCAAAGACGAGAGGAUCCCCGGCUUCGUGGACCCCAACGUCAUCGAGGCUCACGUGGACGAGGACCAACUGGAGGAAGUGCGUCUGCGGCCCGUGUUGGCGGCGGCCAAGAAGAAGCUGCCGGUCACGGAGGGCGUGGUGGAGGUGAAGUACAAGGACGGCUGGGCUCAGGUGUGCGACGUGGGCUGGACGGCCAGGAACACCCGCGUGGUCUGCGGCAUGCUGGGAUUCCCACACGAGAGGAAGGUCAACAAGAACUUCUACAGGUUGUUCUUGGAACGUCAGAAGAACAUCUUCCGCGUCCACUCGGUGGCGUGCGCGGGCACGGAGGUGCACCUGGCGGCCUGCCCCCUGCGCUUCAACGCCGCCGCCAACGUCACGUCGGCCUGCAAGGGCGGCUCGCCCGUCGUGGUCGGCUGCUUGGCGGGGCCACUCUUCCUGCAGACCAGCGGCCUGAAGAAGAAGAAGAAGCCCAGGACCUCGAGCAACGUGCGGCUGAAGGGUGGUGCCAGGCUGGGUGAGGGCCGUGUGGAGGUGCUGCAGGGCAGCGAGUGGGGCACGGUGUGUGACGACCGCUGGAGCCUGCAGUCGGCCAGCGUGGUGUGCAGGGAGCUGGGCUUCGGCAGCGCCAAGGAGGCCAUGACGGGCGGACGCAUGGGUCAAGGUCUGGGUCCCAUCUACAUGAACGAAGUGAAGUGCACGGGCAACGAGAAGUCCAUCUGGAAGUGUCCCUUCAAGAACAUCACGUCUGAGGACUGCCAGCACACGGAGGACGCCGCCCUGCGCUGCAACAUUCCCUACAUGGGCCUGGAGAACUCGAUCCGCCUAACAGGGGGGCGCACCCGCCACGAGGGCCGCGUGGAGGUGCUCGGCACGGACGCCAAUGGCACCGAAGCCUGGGGCCUGAUCUGUGGUGAGACCUGGACCACCAAGGAGGCCAUUGUGGUCUGCAGGCAGCUGGGACUGGGCUACGCUAACCAGGGCCUGCAAAUCCGGAUUGUGGGCGGCCGCAGCAGUUAUGAGGGCCGGGUGGAGGUUCAGGUGGGGUCCAAGUGGGGCACGGUGUGCAGCACGGGGUGGACCACCAAAGAGGCCAUGGUGGUCUGCAGGCAGCUGGGCCUUGGCUACUCCAUGCACGCCAUCACCGAAACCUGGUACUGGGACAGCAGCAAUGUCACCCACAUGGUGAUGAGUGGCGUCAAGUGCACAGGUGCCGAGAUGUCCCUGACUCAGUGCCAGCACCACAAGACGGUCAGCUGUCAGAAAGCCGCCGCCAAGUUCGCCGCCGGAGUCAUCUGCUCCGAGACCACCUCCGACCUGGUCCUCAACGCCGCCCUGGUCCAGCAGACGGUCUACAUCGAGGACCGGCCCCUACACAUGCUGUACUGCGCCGCCGAGGAGGACUGCCUCUCCAAGACCGCCGCCCAGGCCAACUGGCCCUACGGACACCGCCGCCUGCUGCGCUUCUCCUCCCAGAUCCACAACAUCGGUCGGGCCGACUUCAAGCCCAAGGCGGGCCGCCACUCCUGGGUGUGGCACGCCUGUCACGGGCACUACCACAGCAUGGACAUCUUCACCCACUACGACCUGCUCAGUGCCAACGGGACCAAAGUGGCGGAGGGACACAAGGCCAGCUUCUGCCUGGAGGACUCGGACUGCCAAGAAGGUGUUUCUAAACGCUACGAGUGCGCCAACUUUGGAGAUCAGGGCAUCACGGUGGGCUGCUGGGAUUUGUACCGCCAUGACAUCGACUGCCAGUGGAUCGACAUCACCGACGUCAAGCCAGGAAACUACAUCAUGCAGGUGGUCAUCAACCCACAUUUCGAGGUGGCCGAGAGCGACUUCACCAACAACGCCAUGAAGUGCAACUGCAAAUACGACGGCCACCGCAUCUGGUUCCACAACUGUCACAUCGGAGACGCCUUCAGCGAGGAGGCGGAGAGAAGGUUCCAGAAGUACCCGGGACAGUUGAACAACCACAUCUCGUAAGAACUCUCUACGCCAGGGGUGUCCAACUUUAUCCACCGAGGGCCGCACGCUGAAAAAUCCAGGCAAGCGGGGGUCAUUUUUAUAUUUUUUAUUUUAAAAAACAAUAUAUGUAUAAAAAAAAUAUACAUUUGGGCCUCCACUCAGGCUGGAUCCCGGGGACCCCAAAGGGUUUUGGUCAAAAAAAUAUUAAAAUGUGUUAUUAUUCAGUAUUUAAGUUUUAAAUCUCCAGAUCCACAUUAGGUCCAUCUAUCAAUAUAAUGAUUUUAAAGAUUUAAGUCAAGUAUUUAAGUAUAAAAAAAUAUAAAUUUCAGCCUCCACUCAGGCUCAAUCCCGGGGACCCCAAAGGGUUUUGGUCAAAAAAAUAUAAAAAAUGUGUCAUUAUUCAGUAUUAUUAUUUAAGUUUAAACCUCCAGAUCAACAUUAGGUCCAUCUGUCAAUAUAAUGAUUUUAAAAGAUUUAAGUAUAAAAAAUAUACAUUUGGGCCUCCACUCAGGCUCGAUCCCGGGGACCCCUAAGGGUUUUGGUCAAAAAAAAAAAAAAAAAAAAGUGUCAUUAUUCAGUAUUAUUAUUUAAGUUUUAAAUCUCCAGAUCAACAUUAGGUCCAUCUGUCAAUAUAUGAUUUUAAAGAUUUAAGUAGUAUUAAAAAAUAUAAAUUUCAGCCUCCACUCAGGCUCGAUCCCGGGGACCCCAAAGGGUUUUGGUCAAAAAAAUAUAAAAAAUGUGUCAUUAUUCAGUAUUAUUAUUUAAGUUUUAAAUCUCCAGAUCAACAUUAGGUCCGUCUAUCAAUAUAAUGAUUUUAAAGAUUUAAGUCAAGUAUUUAAGUAUAAAAAAUAUACAUUUCAGCCUCCACUCAGGCUGGAUCCCGGGGACCUCAAAGGGUUUUGGUCAAAAAAAUAUUAAAAAUGUGUCAUUAUUCAGUAUUUAAGUUUUAAAUCUCCAGAUCAACAUUAGGUCCAUCGGUCAAUAUAAUGAUUUUAAAGAUUUAAGUAUUUAAGUAUAAAAAAUAUACAUUUCAGCCUCCACUCAGGCUCGAUCCCGGGGACCUCAAAGGGUUUUGGUCAAAAAAAUAUUAAAAAUGUGUCAUUAUUCACUAUUUAAGUUUUAAAUCUCCAGAUCAACAUUAGGUCCAUCUGUCAAUAUAAUGAUUUUAAAAGAUUUAAGUAUAAAAAAUAUACAUUUGGGCCUCCACUCAGGCUCGAUCCCGGGGACCCCAAAGGGUUUUGGUCAAAAAAAUAUUAAAAAUGUGUUAUUAUUCAGUAUUUAAGUUUUAAAUCUCCAGAUCAACAUUAGGUCCAUCUGUCAAUACAAUGAUUUUAAAGAUUUAAGUAAAGUAUUUAAGUAUAAAAAUAUACAUUUCAGCCUCCACUCAGGCUCGAUCCCGGGGACCCCAAAGGGUUUUGGUCAAAGAAAUAUAAAAAGUGUCAUUAUUCGGUAUUAUUAUUUUCAUUAUUAUUUAAGUUUUAAAUCUCCAGAUCAACAUUAGGUCCAUCCGUCAAAAUAAUGAUUUUAAAGAUUUAAGUAUAAAAAAUAUACAUUUGGGCCUCCACUCAGGCUCGAUCCCGGGGACUCCAAAGGGUUUUGGUCAAUUUUUUUUUUAAAUGUGUCAUUAUUCAGUAUUAUUAUUUAAGUUUUAAAUAUCCAGAUCAACAUUAAGACUCUCUGUCAACAUAAUGAUUUUAAAGAUUUAAGUUGUAUGCUAUUUUUGUCACCAAAAAAACGUGUUUUUUAUGGAAAAAUCACAAAAUAUGCAAUAUUUUCACCCAAUAUUUUUCAAGUGGAAUAUUUGAGAUUAUAUAAUAUUUGGAGCAUUAAAAAAAAAAAAGUCACUAACUCAUAAACACAAUUGAUUUCAAUUCAUUAUUAUUUUUUGAGCAAUGACACUUAAAAACAAAUCACACUAAAAUAAUUGGGGAUAAUUAAAGUGUUAGAAAAUAAAUACAUUUUUUGACUCUUUUAACACAAUCUCCAGAUCAACUUCAGGUCCAUCUGUCAAUUAUAAGUUUUAUUGUUGUUUAUGUUUUUUGUUUAUUGAUUUUAGGCCCUUCUUUAAAAAAAACAGCUCAGUUUUUUUAUAUGGCAAACACAAAAUAUGCAACAUUUUCCCCCGAAAAAUAUCUCAAAAGUGGAAAAUAAUUGGAGCCUUGAAUAGGUCAAUAAUUCAUAAUAACAUUGAUUUUGAUUCAUUAUUAUUUUUGAAAGAAAGAAACAGGCUGCAAAUCAGCUUUGUUUUAUUAGAGUCAACAUUGCAACAUUUUAUUGUUACUUUUCACCCGUUUUCUCUUUUAUAUCACUUUUUACGUUUAAAAAAAUUUUUAAUCGUAUUUUAAAAAUGUGUUGUGGGGCCGCACUUUUAUAUCACUUUUUACGUUUAAAAUUUUUUUUUAUCGUAUUUUUAAAAUGUGUUGUGGGGCCGCACUUUGGACACCCCUGGUCUACACUUUGGACACCCCUGGUCUACACUUUGGACACCCCUGGUCUACACUUUGGACACCCCUGGUCUACACUUUGGACACCCCUGGUCUACACUUUGGACACCCCUGGUCUACACUUUGGACACCCCUGGUCUACACUUUGGACACCCCUGGUCUACACUUUGGACACCCCUGGUCUACACUUUGGACACCCCUGGUCCACGUCUUCCCCUUUGCGAUGCGUGAACGUUUCCAGGUCUUUGGAGGUUUUGUUUCACGGUAGCUUUUUAGUCCGGUUUUUGCCGGGUGAGGGUCUUGAGGAGUUUCCACUCAGUCAGGCUUUUAAUGUCACCUCGUUUUUUGUGAAUGUAUUUAUUACGUGUCAAAGGUGCUCCGGGAAUGUUUUGCAGAUCAUCUCCUGAGGUGUUGGGUUUUUAGGAUUAUUCAAAGUCUGGUAAUAAAAACUGGACCGGGUCCAACAAAGGCUGUAUGUAAUCACACCUGCUGGCCUCCAUUAGAGGACAGGAAUAGAAAUAAAGAUGUUUUGUUGUUUUUGA